CACACACAAUCUUCGGUAGCUCCAUUUUCUAGCUAGCCUUAAACUUUCACUGUUCCUUUCAUCGUUAGAGGACAAACUUGUCUAGUAUCAUUUCUUGUUGGACUGAAACGACGAAUUUUUCAAGAUGGGGGGCGGUGAUCUGAACCUGAAAAAGAGCUGGCAUCCCCAGACUAUGAAAAACAUUGAGCGUGUUUGGAAAGCUGAACAGAAAUAUGAGGCUGAACGCAAGAAGAUUGAGGAGCUCCAGAAAGAGCUGAAAGAGGAACGAGCCCGAGAAGAAAUGACGAGAUAUGCAGAGGACAGUGGUGCCAUCAAAAAAAAGGAUGAUCGCCUGGACUGGAUGUACCAGGGACCUGCAGGUCAGGUGUCCAGAGAUGAGUAUCUGCUGGGACGUCCCGUUGACAAGCAGAUUACCGACCAAUACGAGGAGCCAGAGAGCGGCCCAUCAGCUGAGACUGGCCUCCUGCCUGGGUCUAUCUUCAACCCCACCACCCCAGCCUCCAGCCUCGACCUGGCUGCCAAGAUCAGGGAAGACCCCCUCUUUGAAAUCAGGAAACGUGAGGAAGAAAAGAAGAGGGAAGUCUUGACUAAUCCAGUGAAGAUGAAGAGGAUCAAAGAAAUGCUGCGCCAGAAUCUUGACAAGAAAGACAAGAAAAAGAAGAGGAAGAAGGACAAAAAGGAGAAGAAAGGAGACAAAGAGAGGAGGAAGGAGAAGAAGCACAAGAGAAGGAGUUCAAGUUCAAGCUCAGACGAGGAAGCUGAGAAAAAACACAGGUCACAUUCACGAGAUGACUCCUCAGCAGACACCAAGGCUCGUUCCCAUCAUCUUCAAGGCUACGGGCUACAGCUCCCUGCUGGCAGAUAUCACCAGUCCUCAGCUCCGUCCAAUUACUCAGGGCGCCGUGAGAGGAGCCGCUCCAGAUCGCCUCACAGGCAUUACAGGGACAAUCACUCCUCCUCCUCUUCCUCACACAGAAGCGACAGGAAGGUCGAGCCCAGAGCUUCCAGCCCCCAGAGAGAGCGUUACCAGAGACAGAGGAACAACGUGUCCAAGAAGCUCUCUGCAGAAGACCUGGAGCGAAAGAGGAGGGAGAUGAUGGACGAGGCCAAGCAGAGGGAGGAGGACAGGGAGAAUAAUGUGAAGAGAUACAAGAGGCAAGACGAGCAGGAAAGGCAGCGGGAACAAAAUACCAAACAUGACCGCCAUGCUGGCUUCAUCCAUAACAUGAAGUUGGAGAGUGCUGCCAGCUCUUCCUUAGAAGACAGAGUGAAGAGGAAUAUCCACUCCAUUCAGAGGACACCAGCCUCCUUGGAUAACUUCAUGAAGAGAUGAAGACACAACACUUUUAUCACACAGUGCAUGAACUGAUUGGAUACACUUGUAAAGAGUGUGUUAUCACCUCGUUUAUCUGUCUCUAAUGUACUGAGGCAGAAGGAUGGAUGGUGUGGAAUUCAAACAGGGAAUCGUGUGGCUUUUACUUUGAAAAGCAAAUUCCACACUGGGACCAUAAUUUAUAUUUCAGACAAAUGCAAACAGUCUAUCAUGGCUGAUCAGUUCUAGUUAUAUUCUAGUAAGCCAGUACCCCUUUAAGGUUCAUAUGGUCUGAACUCUGUAUAGUAUACUAUUUUUGUUUUUACAGUAUAAUAGGACCCGCUUUUGUCUCAAAAGGUUUUUGUAAUAUAUAUCAUUGUUACUUGGUGUAAUCCUGUGCGUAGCAACUGGAAUAAAAGCAUAUUUCUAGAGCUCCA